UGUCAUUCUUUAAAAUGGCUGCUCUCUGCGACUUGUUGCGUUGUGGACUGAUUGAGAAAGAUACCAAUGAUGACACACUGUGGACAUGGUCUUACCCGUCCGUAACAGAAGCCCAGAGGGACUUGUUCAUGAGGAAGUGCAGCUUGUCAUCCAAAUCAGAGCAUGCACUUCCAUUUCUCUACAACCAGACAGACAGACAGUGGUACUACAUAUACACCCAUACAACACAAGAAACUGACAACCUUCCAAAGGUAAAGGCCUUUUCACUGGUGAUUAUGGCUAAAGAUUUCAACCCAGAAAAGUAUGAAGCAUUGUGCAGAGUCGCAGCAUCUCAAUACUGCAAGACAGGCACACCUACAUCAAUUCUGCAGGUAUAUCUGGCAGUGGUUACCAAAGGAAAGUGGACAGGGGAUGAGAAUGGUCGAUUUUCAAAUCAAGACUUCCAAGUGAAACAUGCCUAUGCAAACUCCAACUUGUUAGGUAUAGUUGAGAUGUUUGGCCUGGAGGCAAUACUGAUCUACACGGCACUGUUGUUGAAGAAAAGGGUAGCUGUCUAUUUCCCUCCACAUUCUUUGGAUGAGUUGAUGAUAUUUACAAGGUCACUUCCAGCAUUUGUGUGGCACAGACAGAACUGGUCCAUAGUUCAUCCUUUUGUGGAACUUACCUCAGGGGAAUUGGCAGAUCUGCAGAACACCAGUCAUUAUGUAGCUGGAUUCACAGAUGCCACUGUUGAAUCUAGGAGUGAUCUCUAUGAUGUGUACAUCAAUGGAACAUCGGGACAAAUAAGUGUGGCCCAGCAUGCUAAAGAGUAUUUUUCCAUGGGCAAACUGCACAAAGACAUAGCUCUGUCCAUAGUACAACUGACUGAGGAGGAAGGGGUCACAUCCCCACAUAUGAUCAAGGAAAUUGCAACAAAAACUAAAGAACUGCUGACAAACUUAAAGUCGCUGGCAGACGAGGAUGGAACAGUCUCUUUAGAAACAUUGAAGAGUCGAAAGAUGCCCCCGGCAACCGAGAACUUCCUGUUUAGUCUAGCUGCUUGUGAGGGACUCGUUCCUUUGUAAUAUUUAUAUAACAUUUUUAAUUUAUUAAAAGCAGUUUGCUGCCUCUGAUAACUGAGGUAUUCCAAAUGUUACACUAAUCCCAAUACCUAGUUGUUGGAUGACUCUGUGUAUUUCCUUGUUUUAUUUAAGUUUUGUCCCUGGAACAAAAUAAAUUAAUUUUUACUGAAUGUACCUACAUGUAUAUAUAUUCUAUGUUAUUGAAGACAAGCGAGUUAUUGUUUGGUCUACAUCUGAUGUAAAUAAGGAUUUAAGAGAUGAUUGAGAGGAAAGUGAACAGAUGAGGAAGCAAUUCAAGGACAGAACAGGCAGAUACAUUCAACAUUAGGUACAGCAGGCCAAACUUAUUUGGAAAUUGUUUAAGGACACUUGUUAUAAUAUUAUAAUGGAGUUAAUUAAAUAGAUGUUCCUUUAUUUGAAUGUUGAAUAUAAAACAAACACAAGUCACUGUAUUCAGUGACAAUGAUUAAGAAGUGAUCAGUUGAGAGAGGUUCUAUAUAUAUACAUGUACUAUGUAUUGUGCAAUAAUGAUGUGUAUCUGUUACUAUUUUAGAAAAUAAAUAUAUUUUUC